AUGGGAGAUGUGGCUGUGUCACCUCCAAUCUCUCCACCGCACAAUAUCAACCAUAAAAGAGUGUCAUUCGGUGAGAACAACGUGAAGACUUUUGUCUACGAGAAAGAGAUCAUCCAAUAUAAUCAACAACAACCACCACCACCAAAGCAACCAUUCACUGAUCCAACGGCUCCAGCAACGAGAGUCCGAGUGACAGCCGAGAAUUCGUCGGAACCACGACCAAUCGCCCCACCAACAGAAGUUGAAGAAGACGGAAGAAGGCCAACAAGUCCGCCAUUGAGGAGUUACAAAAUGGAAGAGCACGAGAAUCCCUUCAAGCCACAAGAUCUUCUUUACCAUGAGGUGGAUCCAAUAGUUGAACAAUAUCUUCAUAAACCUUUUCCUCCAUCUCACUCUGGAUCGGUAAACAAUACUCCCGUCAAGCACAGCAGCAAUGGUCAUCACAGCCCCGAGGAAUUGGAAGGGCGAUUGCACGAGAGUGCACGUCCGAUCACUCCUCCAUCAAUCAGAGAAUCGCCUGCCUACUAUCAAAAUGGUUUAACGAGAGCUGACAUCGUGGCUGAAAAACAACACAAAGAAUCCGCCUCACAACCACUUAUCGAUACCCCGGGAAGAAGAUCGGAGGACAGAGGAGGACAUGCUAUUGGUAAGCAACAAGCCGACAGCGAACUUCCACCAGCCGGUCAAGUUGAGAUGGUUCACAUCAAAAAGAAGAAAUGUGGUUGUUGUUCUCUACAA